CAUAGUAAAUCAAUGUGAUAAAAUCACUCAAAAAUAUAUAGUUUUGUAUCGUUUUGUUAAUUUCAUGGUCCAAAUUAUUUUUGAAUAUGUCUUCUUUGCAAUCUCAAGAUCGCUUGCAACAACUGCAAGAGAUUGAAAAGGAAAUAGUCAAGGUUGUAUCAAGUGCUGGCCAUGCCUUACAAGAAAUCUCACAAGAACAACCAAAUCAUGAAAAUUUGAACACGCACACUAGGGAGUUUCUGAAUUCAUUGCAGGGAGUUGAGAAAGGUUUGCUAGACCAAAUCACAUACUUAACAGAAGUUGCUACUGGACAACCUCAUGAAGGGUCGAUAUAUGGUGCUGAAAAAGAUUUUGCUCUAACUUGUCAAGGAACAAAAAUUGCUAAACAACGCCUCACAGACUUGGUACAAGAAUUUCAAAAUGGGACGUGAAAGCUUUCACAGAGAUUUAUAGA